AAUUUAAAUAUUUAUCAAGUUUUCACAGUAUUUGACUAAAAUGAAUCGGUUUAUAACAGUUGCAGCAUGUUCACUGAAUCAAUGGGCAUUAGAUUUUGAAGGAAAUUGUGAUAGAAUUAUUAGAAGUAUUAUUGAAGCAAAAAAACAUGGUGCUAUUCUUCGUAUUGGACCAGAACUUGAAAUUACAGGUUAUGGAUGCUAUGAUCAUUUUUUGGAAAAUGAUACGUAUACACAUUCAUGGGAGAUGUUAUGUCGUAUACUUUCUUCAAACGAUACACAGGAUAUAAUUAUUGAUGUAGGAAUGCCUAUCAUGCAUCAGAAUAAACGAUAUAAUUGUCGUGUGAUUCUUUAUAACAAAAAGAUUCUUCUAAUUCGCCCAAAGUUAUGGUUAGCAAAUAAUGGAAACUAUAGAGAGAUGAGAUAUUUUAUUAAUUGGCCUAAAAAACGACUUGUAGAUGAUUUUUAUCUUCCUGAAAUGGUAUUUUCUAUUACUGGCCAAAAAACAGUUCCUAUAGGUGAUUCAAUUAUUUGUACACAAGAUGUUUCUAUAGGUUUUGAAAUUUGUGAAGAACUAUUUACUUCUUCAAGUCCUCACAUUGAUCUUUUUUUAACUGGGGUUGAAAUAGUAUGUAAUUCUAGUGGAAGUCAUUAUGAGUCUGGAAAGAAUUUCACAAGAGUAAAUCUUAUUCAAGAAGCUACUUUAAAAUCAGGAGGGAUCUAUUUAUAUGCAAACCAGCAUGGUUGCGAUGGAGAUAGGUUAUAUUACGAUGGAUGUUCUAUGAUUAUAGUAAAUGGGUCUGUUGUAGCACAAGGACCGCAAUUUUCUCUUAAUGAUUUGGAUGUUAUAUCAGCAACUAUUGAUUUAGAGGAUGUUAGGAAUUAUAGAAAUAUUGUUUCUCAAGGAGUUCAAGCUUCAGAUAUUCUUUUUUAUAAUAAAAUUUAUUGUCCUAUGACUUUAACAAAAAGUAUACAUGAUUUAAAUAUUGAAAAAAUAAUACCGAGUGUUCCAAUUGUUCCUAAAUUUUAUUCUCUGGAGGAGGAAAUUGCUUUUGCUCAUUCAUCUUGGCUGUGGGAUUAUCUUAGAAAAUCAAAUAGUAAUGGUUUUUUUUUGGCAUUAAGUGGGGGAAUUGAUAGUUGUGCUACAGCUCUCAUUGUGUAUAUCAUGUGCAAAAAAGUUCUCGAAUCUAUAAAAGAUAAAAAUAACCAUAUUGUUAAUGAUAUUUUUAAAGUAUUAAAGGGAUCUAAGGAUAAGGAUUGGAUUCCAGAAACCCCAGAAGAAUUCGUAAAGGAAAUUUUAUAUACUUCUUAUAUGGCUACAGAAAACUCUACUUUAGAAACAAGGCAGAGAUCAAAACAGCUUUCUAAUGCAAUUGGAAGUUAUCAUAUUGAUUUAAAUAUUGAUAGCCUUAUCAAAGUAACACUACAAAUAUUUUCAUGUGUUACAGGAAAACUGCCUAAAUUUAAAUUAUAUGGAGGAUCAAAUUGUGAAAAUAUAGCUUUUCAAAAUCUUCAGGCCCGUCUCCGUAUGGUUCUUAGUUACUUCUUUGCACAAUUACUUCCAUGGACAAGAGGAAGAUAUGGAUCACUUAUUGUUCUUGGAUCUACGAAUGUGGAUGAAUGUUUAAGAGGAUAUUUUACAAAAUAUGAUUGUUCUAGCGCUGAUAUUAGUCUCAUUGGUACUCUUUCUAAAACCGAUAUCAGGAAAUUUAUUAGAUAUGUUCGUGAUAAUUUUAAAUUACUUUUACUUGAGGAAUUUUUAACUGCUAUACCAACUGCUGAACUUGAGCCUUUUUCUGAAAAUUAUACUCAGACGGAUGAAGUUGAUAUGGGUUUAACAUAUGAUGAAUUAAAUACUUUUGGGAAACUUAGGAAAAUUGAUAAAUGCGGACCAUAUAGUAUGUUUAUAAAACUCCUAAAUAAAUGGGGAUGUGGUUUAUCACCUGCAAAAAUUGCAGAAAAAGUUAAAUAUUUUUGGUUUCAUUAUUCUUUUAAUCGACAUAAGAUGACAACACUAACCCCAGCAUUUCAUGGAGGAGUAUGUAGUUUGGAUGACAACAGGUAUGAUCUUAGGCCCUUUCUUUAUAACACAAAUUGGUCCUGGCAAUUUAAACGUAUAGAUGAUGAAUUAGAAAUAUUAGAAACUGGAAUUGAAAGCAUGCGAUUUCCUUAAUUGAUAUUAAUUAUAAAUAAGUUCUAUAAAUAUUGACACCAAAAA